AUGAUUUCUACAGAAGAUGCGGAUUCAUCUGAGGUUAUGAAGAAGAAACAAGUUGCAGAAGAAGAUGAUAACCGUGCGCCUUCCAAGAUGGAAGAACUGACAAUUCAAUCUGAGAAUUUGAAACAAGAGAUGAACACGUUACAAAUCCAGAAAGGAGAAUUAGGAGAUGGUGGCAAGGAUUUGAAUGAUACAAGCAUCGAGAAAACAACUCAAGAAGUACUUCAAUUCCUUGGCCAGAUAGAAUCAUUGAAAGACGAAUUGAAAAAGACAGAGCGUGAGAAAGGUGUUCUUGAGAAGAAACUUCAAGUUCUUGAGAAGGUUCAGCAACAGGAAGUGAAAUCAUUGAAAGACGAAAACAAACAAUUAGAAGAACAGAUGGAGAGAAUGAAAGAAAAGGGUAAUCAAAUGGAAGAACACAAGAAGUCAAUUCAAGAUCAAAGGGAAGUAAUGUUGAAACUAGAAGCAGAGAACAAGAAACUGAAAUCAAAAUGCACUGAAUCAAAGCAGACUAUUGAGAAGAAGAUGGAAGAAACAAUAGCUGAGUUUCGUAAAACAUUCGAAGAUCAAAUCCGUAUGUUAAGUCGAAGAAUCCACGUAGCUGAACAAUUACAUCUCGAGAACAGAGAAGUAUACAGGAAGACAAAAGAGAAGUUCGAAAACGAAGAUGAAGAUUUAAAAGAUCGUGUAGUGAAAACAGAGGUAGCAUUCAAGAAAAUGAAGGAUAUUUCAUUAUGGGCAAACAAUACAUUGUCGAGAAUGGACAUAGCAGCAUUGAAAUUCGAGGAAUCAAGUGGGAAUUUCUUGAACAGAAUAUCGAAAUCUUCGUGUGAAGUUCUUUUUGCAAGGGAUUGGGUAAGGAGGAAGAAGAAUGGGGUUAAACAUUCAAGAGAAGAAAUGGAGUGUUUACUUGAAGAAAUGAAUGGGAAGGAGACAGAGAUAUUGAAAUUUAGAGAAAGUGUUUGGAAAUUGGAACAUAGAAAUAGGGAAUUGGAGAAGAUGGUGAAGGAAAAGGAAGAAGGAAUGGUGGCUUUAGGAGAGGAAAAGAGAGAAGCCAUUAGACAACUUUGUGUUUGGAUUGAUUAUCAUCGAAGCAGUAAACAUUAUCUGGAGAAGAUCAUUGUUUCAGAACGCAUGAAUGAAUGA